AUGAAGAAAAUUGUCGAAAAACGUCGGACAGCCGUUCGUCAAAGGGUACAAAACCACAGAAAAAAAUCAAAAACAAAUGCACUUCAAGAACAGUCGGGAACAAAUGCAGCCACUGAUGUGACAAGAUCUUAUCAAUCCACACAAGCACUGGGUAAAGCAGUAAAGAAAACCAUGAAAGCACUUCCUGUUAUGGACACACGUAAAAUAGCGGUUUUAGCCAAGAUUGUCACAAGUAUGAACGAUGACGACAGGAAUAAAUUUCAAAAUAUCGUUUCACCAUCUGGGAUUAAGAAAAAAAAGGAUGCCGACUCUGAGCUGGUCGACAAAAUCGGAAAAUUUUAUAAACGCGAUGACAUUUCCAGGAUUUCACCAAAAAUAAAAGAUGUCAAGCGAUAUUUUGAUCUGAAAACUGGCGAAAAGAUACUUCUACCAACAAGGCACAUGCUGUUGACAGUCAAAGAAGCUUUUGUUAUUUUUGAUAAGGAAAGGAAAACUGCAGCGAAAGCAAUUUUUGUGCAAAGUUGCGAACAUAAUUGUUGGUUUUCAAAAUGCAAUGAAUGUAAUGGAAUUCCGAUCGAACUACUCAAGAAAUAUAUCGGUGGCAUGGCACUGAAUACUCCCGUCAAAUGGAUGGUUUGGCGAAAGAAUGACACUUCAAAACGAAUCGAAAAACAUGAAAAAUCCGAUUCGCUAGAGAGUUUGCUUCUACAUAUAACAAAAAUAUCGCCACAAUUUUUACGCCAUAGCUACGUUAAACGCGAGCAGUCAGAUAUUUUUAACAAUUAUGAUUGCCCAAGAUCAACAGAUAAACAGCUCAGUGAGGAAGGAACGUUGCAAGUUGAUUUUGCUGAAAAUUUUGUCUGUGAGGGACAAGACGAAGUACAAAGUGCACAUUGGAAUCAAAAACAGCUCACUGUAUUUACUACUGCCUUUCAUUUAAAUGAAAAAUUCCAAUCAAAGGUUUUCGUGUCGAACAAUUUAGCACACACGAAAGAAACCAUCGUUCCUUACAUGUACAUACUGCUCUCAGGAGUGCCCGAAUCAGUGAAAAUAUUGAAAAUUUGGAGCGACGGGCCAUCUUCCCAAUUCAAGAAUAAAUUCAUCGCUGCAGUCAUUCCUGUUUUAGAAGACAAAUUCGGUAUAAAAAUCUACUGGAACUACUUUGCAACUUCUCACGGAAAAGGUUGCAUCGAUGGUAUUGGUGCAACUGCCAAGAUGAUAGUGAAAAAGCAAAUUUUGUCUCGCAAAUGCAUUGUAAAUUGUGCUUCGGAUGUGCAGUAG